CAACAUGGACACGGGACCAAACGACUUGUCCCCAGACGCCAGCUCGUUUGUUCUCACUCGCUGGCUUGCGCCCACAUUGACGCGCGCGCGGACCCGCCUGCCCCAGUGCCCCUAUAUUAUCUUCGUCGCGCGACUCACUUGCCGCUCGCCUCGGCUCACACACCUACACUGACCAAAGCUCCUCUUGCUCGCCGUCUCGCCAUGGAGGCCUCGCCGUCUCGCAGCGGCAGCUUCUCCCGCGCCGGAUGGAUCAGGUGCAAGGCGCGGGAGGCGACGUCCUUCGAGCACCUCGGCGUCGACGCCGGCCUCGGUGAAUCUUUCAACAGCUCCACCACGUCCUUCAUUGACAUGGACCCCGCGGAGCUGUUCUCCAUGCGGUGGACGUCGGACGGCGGCGGCUUCGACUUCGGUCUGCCGUGCGCCGGGGAGUGCUCCCCGCUGCUUGUGGGUGCCGGGGAACUCCUCCCCUGCGAGCCGAGCGGCAAUUCCCGUGACAGCGGCAUCUCGUACGCCGACGUCUCGCCGGGCUCGUCGCCGGUUUUCCACUCGGCACAGAGCACGCCGGCUUCCGUGGCCAGCUCGCGGCACCCAGGCGCCAAGCCGAGGGUGCCACUGCUGGCUACGAGGAGGUUGCUGCUCAGGUACCUUCGCUUCCUCGUGCCGCUGUGCCGGAAGGCGAGGGCGCUGCCGCUGCGAGUGUUCGCCCCGCGGUCCAGGGCCCUGGCCGCGAUCCCGGCGCGGCGGUCCACCUCCAGCGCCUCGAACGGGGGGGAGUACUGGUGCCACGGCAACGUCGACACCGCCGUGCGCGACGCCAUCCUCCACUGCAAGAAAUCCUUCACUGCUCGCACUGAACGCUGAGCUGCUGAAAAUUUGGUUCUUUAUACCAUUCAGGGGCACGACAUGCAAGAAUGGGCUCUUGCAAGAACACUUUUAACUUAGGCCGGCGAAUCGAGAGAAAAGAUGAACAUACUGUGUCAUCUAGAUUUCUUCACUUAAUUUUGAUUUCGGUAUUAUGUACAUGCAGUACAGUGUAUGCGCUGAUAAAUUGAGCCCAAGGUAGUUUGACCUUAUGUUGCACUUCCAUUACGACGAAUAAGAUACUUGUGCUUCUAACCCGA